ACACUUCCCGACCAGCCCAACCCGUUUCAGCCUUUCCCCCCAAUCAAAAUCAACCGGCCCCGUCUGCGAAAAACCCAAAUUCCGGCGUUCUUAUCCCAUUUCCGACGGCCAGUUCUCCGGUCAAUCUAUACACAUAUAGAUACCCAUGUGCAAACAUAGAUAGAUAGAUAGAGAAAAUUUUCAGUGGUGAUUGUAAUGGCGGGUACGUCACUGAUGGAAUCCCUCUUCCAGCGCUCUUUGGAUGACCUAAUCAAGGGCAUCCGCCUCUUCAGCGGCGGAGCCGGCGAAUCGGGGUUUAUAUCCAAGGCCGUCGACGAGAUCCGCCGCGAGAUCAAGUCAACUGAUCCUCAGACCAAGGCGACGGCGCUCCAGAAGCUGACCUACCUCCACUCCAUCCACGGCGUCGACAUGUCAUGGGCGGCUUUCCACGCCAUCGAGCUCUCCUCUUCCCAAUCUUUCCUCUACAAGCGCAUCGCCUACCUCGCCGCUACUCUCUCCUUCGAUCCCUCCACCACUGACGUCAUCCUCCUCCUCACUCACCAGCUCCGCAAGGACCUCUCCUCCUCUAAUCAUCACGAGGUUAGUCUGGCCCUCCUUGCUCUCUCUUCCAUUUCCACUCCCGACUUGGCCCGCGAUUUGACCCCUGAACUCUUCGCUUUACUCAAUAGCAACAAAUUUUUCAUAAGAAAGAAAGCUAUUGCGACUGUAUUGAGAGUAUUCGAGCUAUAUCCGGAUUCUGUCCGGGUCUGUUUCAAGAGAUUGGUUGAGAAUUUUGAGUGUUCUGAUCCGGGUGUGGUUUCUGCUGUUGUGGGUGUUUUCUGUGAACUAGCUACUAAAGAACCUAGAUCGUACUUACCAUUGGCGCCGGAGUUUUAUAAGCUUUUAGUGGAUUCUAGGAACAAUUGGAUAUUGAUUAAGGUUUUAAAGAUUUUUGCCCAGUUGGCACCUUUGGAGCCAAGGUUGGCGAAGAGGCUAGUGGAUCCGAUUUGCGAUCAUUUGAGGAGGACAGGUGCUAAGUCACUGGCUUUUGAGUGUAUUAGGACUAUAAUGAGUAGUCUGAGUGAGUUUGAAUCUGCCAUGAAGCUUGCAGUUGAGAAAUUAGCUGAAUUCAUGGUAGAUGAUGAUCCGAAUCUUAAGUAUCUUGGACUGCAGGCACUCACAACCAUCGUGCCUAAGCAUUCGUGGGCAGUUUUGGAGAACAAGGAGUUUGUGAUCAGGUCUCUGAAUGAUGCUGAUGUGAACAUUAAGCUUGAAGCUUUAAGGCUUGUGAUGGCUAUGGUGUCAGAGGAUAAUGUGGUUGAAAUUUGCAGGGUUUUGAUUAAUUAUGCUCUCAAGUCGGAUCCAGAAUUCUGUAAUGAGAUUCUAGGGUCCAUCUUGUCUACCUGUUCAAGAAAUGUCUAUGAGAUAGUUAUUGACUUCGAUUGGUAUGUGUCACUUCUUGGGGAAAUGUCAAGGAUUCCACAUUGUCAGAAGGGGGAAGAAAUCGAGAAUCAGCUUGUAGAUAUUAGUAUGAGGGUCAGAGAUGCUAGACCACAGCUUGUUCGUGUUGGGCGUAAUCUGCUGAUUGAUCCUGCAUUGCUUGGAAACCAAUUCAUGCACCCUAUUCUAUCCGCUGCUGCUUGGGUGUCAGGCGAGUAUGUUCAAUUCUCAAAAAAUCCAUGUGAACUUAUUGAAGCAUUGCUACAACCACGCACUAAUCUCCUACCACCAUCAGUAAGAGCUGUAUAUAUCCAGUCUGUGCUCAAGGUGUUAACCUUUUGUACUGGUUACUAUCUCUUCUCUGAUCAGUCUACUUCUUCUGCUACUUCUGGAGUAACACAAGUGAUGCCAGAUAAAACAGAAAAUUCCAAUUUAGCCAUUAAUGCUUCACCUGUUGGUAGUGAAAUAGAUGAGGGAUUCUAUCCAAGGAUUUUACAUCGGCCAGCUGGAGAUGUUUCUGUGGAAAAUUUUGAGGAUAUGAUUGUUGCUCAUGAACAGAUGUCAGUUAAGAACUUGAAGGCAGGCUUAUUUUCAGAAGAAUCUAUUAUAAACCUUUUCAAUCUUGCAGAAGCAGCUUUGCGCCCAUUAGUAGGAAGUCAUGAGGUGGAUAUACAAGAGAGGGUAAGGAAUAUUUUAGGGUUGGUUGAAUUGCUACAGGAAGAACUUCCUGGUUGCUUGCCCAAGAGGGAAGGUGAUAGUGAAAGGGGAGAACUAAAGGCUCAAGAAAUUAUCAAACUAAUGCGUGGUGCAUUUUCAGAGGAACUUGGUCCAGUUUCUGUGAUUUCUCAGGAAAGGGUACCUUUACCAGAUGGCCUAGUUCUUAAUGAAAAUCUCAGAGACUUGGAAGCAAUAUGUGGUGAUAUUCUGUUGCCCAUAUCUGGUUCAUUUUCCCUUUGCAAACAACAUCCUGUUGAAAAGAUUGAUACUCUUUUUGAUCGCCAAGGCAGUGAGGAAUCAUCUGAACUAACGACUGAGUCGACAUCUCUACUUGCUGAGCAUCGGAAGAGGCAUGGCCUGUAUUACUUACCUUCACAGAAAAAGGAAACAGUAUCUGAUGACUACCCUCCUGCUAAUGAUCCUUGCAUGGGAGAUGCUGACAAUACUGAGGAUCUUAUCAAGCUAACAGAGCAAUCUUUUCUGCCAAAGAGGAAGCCAAACCAAGCAAAGCCUAGACCUGUGGUUGUAAAAUUGGAUGAUGUUGAUGGAACACAUUUUCCUGCCAAGAAGCAUGAUUCAAAAGAUGAUUUGAUCUCAGGUGCCAUUCGAGAUGUUCUUUUAGGCAAUGACGAUGUAGCAUCUACAUCACGGAGUAAGAAGCCUGAGAAGUCAUCAAGUAAGAGAAGGGAGAAGAAUAAGUCAACUAGAGAUAAACCCUCAGAACUAAUUGAUAAUUCGGCCAAUAUCAAGAGCUCAGAGGAAGUUGGUUCAGGAAGGACCAAGCACCGUAGCCAUGGUAAAGAGGGGAAAAAUAAAAGUAAGGACAGAGGUGAACAUAAUCAAGGAGAGAAGCAACACAGCCAUGGUAGGCACAAAUCCCGACACAGAGCGGAUAGGGCUACAUUUAUGGAAGCUCAAUCAUCAGUAAUUCCUGAUUUUCUUUUGUAGCAUUGGAAGCUAGGAUUUGCCAUGUCUAUAGAAAAAUAGAAACCGAAAAUCUUGAUUCAGAGGUGAGUUCUUCUGUACAUUCAUUCUCACUAUGUCCUCUUGCUUUUCAAUAGAUUUUGUGGUUGCCUUGAGGUGCUUGCAUGUAUUUGUUUUGAACUUUCUUUACACAUUUUGCAAUUGGUUUAAGAAAUGAUAUUUUGUUUUUAUGGUGAA